UGGAGGCUGGCGCUGGUUGGUUGUUCAUGCGCCGGCAAUCAGUCCGCUGGAGCAUCUUUACUGAUGAACAACUAUGUAUAGACACUGGCCGCACAGGCUCCUCAACCUCCACCACUCCCACCACCCGAAUCUCCGCCCACAGCCCCAUCGACUCCGGCACUCGAUCGACAGAUCUCCCAGGAUUCCGAACCACAAGCAUCUCAGUCUGAGUCUGAAUAGUCUGAGUAGUCUGAGUACUAGGCUGACUCUGACCAUCCAGCUCAUAACCAUCAACACCCACAGCCUAUCACUCUCAUCCUCACUCUCACCCUUCACUCGAAGCUACACAACCUGUCCCGUCCUCCCUCCACAGAUCAUGACCAAACCUACUAAGAACCCAUGGGACCCUAAGGCAACACCUUAUCCCCCCGUUCGCAGGGAUCCAGACUCAUCGGAGGUCUUCCAGAGUAAGCAGAAUGGCUCGGUCACCGUCCCAGAUCCCUUACAGUUGGCUACACGAGCCACCCAAGCAGAGCAAAGACACUCAGCAAUUUGUCACCAGUCAACAGGCCUUGACCAAGGAUUACCUAAGCAAAUACCCUCAUCGAGACUCACUUCAUGCGGCAGUCACAAAGACUUGGGACUAUGCUCGAUUCAGUUGUCCAUCGCUGAAGCCGGAUGGAUACUACUAUUUCAGCUUCAACUCUGGCCUCCAGGCCCAGUCGAUCAUCUAUCGGGUCAAGAAGGGGCAGGAAGAGGAUGCACUCAAGCGGGCCACCGACCCCAAACAGCCCGCAGGCGAGCUCUUCCUCGAUCCCAACCUGUUCUCCAUCGAUGGCACUACCGCACUCUCAUUCUCCGCCACAUCCGAGUCAGGCAUCUAUAUGGCGUACGGUGUCUCCCGCUCUGGAAGCGACAGUCAGACUAUCUACGUCCGUCGCACCGACUCUCCCCACACAAAGUCUGCCGCCGAUGGUGGCAAGAGGGGCGAGGACCCUGGCCGGAUGGAGGACACAGUCGAGAAGGUUAAAUUCAGUAGCCUCAGUUGGAUGAAAGACGAUUCUGGUUUCUUUUAUUCAAGAUUCCCUGACGAACAGGCCAAAGCUGAGAAGCCCUCCGGGCCCGGGGCGGAUGUUCAAGGAGAAGUAGAGAUUGAUGCCGGGACAGAUACUAAGGCUGAUCUCAAUCACAUGCUCUACUUUCACAAACUUGGUGAGCCACAGAGUAAAGAUCUGUUGAUAGUCGAGGAUCCAGCGAAUCCAUCCUAUAUGUGGGGAGCUGAAGUCUCGGAUGACGCCAAGUACCUCAUCUUGACGACCUCCAAGGAUACCGGCCGUUCGAAUCGACUCUGGGUUGCCGAUCUGACCUCUCAACCCCUAUCGAGUGAGAUGAAAUGGCAAAAGAUUGUCAAUGAGUUUGGCAACGAGUACAUCUUCGCGGCCAAUGAUGGCAGUCAACUAUAUUUCAUGACCAACAAGGACGCGCCUAAACGCAAGGUGGUGACGUAUGACUUGAGUAAGCCCGAAGAAGGCUUUAAAGACUUGAUCCCAGAGGAUCCUCAGGCGGUCCUGGAGGGUUAUUAUCCCACCAACAAAGAAUUCACCGUUCUGAGCUAUUCUCGAGAUGUCAAAGAUGAGCUAUACCUCCACGAGAUCAAGUCGGGCAAGCGGAUCAAACGGAUCGGCGGAGACUUGAUUGGCACGAUCGGGGGCCUUUCCGGCCGCCGUAAACACGACGAGUUCUUCUUCCAGAUCAGUAGCUUCUUGAGCCCCGGCACGGUCUACCGCUACCGUUUCGAUCGUCAAGAGGAUCAGGAAUUGGUCGAAUUCAGGAAGACUCUGAUUCCGGGAUUCAAUUCCAACGAUUUCGUUUCCAAACAGGUAUUCUAUGAAUCAAAGGACGGGACCAAAGUCCCGAUGUUUAUCGUUCACAAGAAAGACUUCCAGCAGGACGGUACUGCGCCAGCUCUUCAGUACGGAUACGGUGGAUUUUCGAUCAGUAUCUCGCCCUACUUUUCGCCCUCUUUCAUGAGCUUUGUAGCCCAUUAUGGAGGGGUAUUGGCUGUCCCUAACAUCCGAGGGGGUGGAGAGUAUGGAGAGGACUGGCACUUGGCAGGCUGCUUUGAGAAAAAACAGAACGUGUUCGACGACUUCCAGUACGCUACCAAAUAUCUGGUUGCCAAUCAGUACGCGGCGCCCGACAAGGUGACCAUCAUGGGCGGCAGUAACGGAGGUCUCCUGGUGGCAGCCUGCGUGAACCAGGCUCCCGAGCUCUUUGGAGCCGCGCUUGCCGAGGUGGGCGUGUUGGACAUGUUGAGGUUCCAUCGGUUCACGAUUGGACGGGCUUGGAUCGCUGACUAUGGAGACCCAGAAGACCCCGAAGCAUUCGACUACUUGAUCAAAUAUUCCCCCUUACAUAACGUCAACCCGGCCGCGGAAUAUCCGGCUCUCAUGCUACUCACAGCGGACCAUGACGAUCGGGUGGUCCCUCUGCACAGCUUCAAGUACGCUGCUGCCGUUCAACACGCCCUCCCGACGAACAAACAACCUUGCUUGUUGAGGCUCGAUCUCAAGGCAGGUCAUGGAGCCGGGAAGAGCACGGAGAUGAAGAUCAACUCGGUCGUCGACCAACUCAGCUUCGUCGCUCUCAGUCUCGGCUUGGAGUGGAAGGAAUACUCGGGAAAGAAAUCGUCGUGUUGAUUCGUUCUCGAUCUCCAUCGUCACCCCCGAAAACAUUGAUCUCUCCUGUCUCUUCACUCGAUCUAAUCUGCUCCUAUCCCCCGCUCCCUUCCUCCCUCCUUCCCCCACAAACAAACAAAAAGAAACUGAAACAAGUUCAUUGAUAUCAGUCAAGAUGUUUAUAAUAGAAAAAUCGGUUGGCGAAGGGGAAAAUCCUCUGCUUCGUUGUUUGUUUGCUCUUCUUCCUUAGAGCUUUAGAGUUGAUUUGAUUUGAUCGGUAUGAGAUGUUCCUUCCUUAUAUGACUUAAUACUAAUCGAAAAGAGUAGCAACCCUUUCUUUCAGUCUCCUUUUUUUUUUCUUCUUCUUGUUGGUGGUGAAUGUUGUUGUUCUUGUGGCUUAAUGUACAUAAUCAUUCACCUUUCCCAAUUAUUUUUUUUUUUUCAUCAUGUUUUCUUUGGGGGGGGGGGGGAUUGG